ACAGCAUGAUCAGAAAGUGCUAAAUAUAUCAUAAACACUACUUCACUUUGUACUGUCGGUCUAUGUAAGCUCGUAAACAGAAUUUCAAAUUUUAUAUGUUUGUCUCCAUAUUUGCCGAAUCAUCACCAGCCCAUUAACAUCUCUUAUACUUUGAGACGUAAUUAUUAAGAACAUUAUAAUUAUCAGAUAAUCCAUAGUUACUACCAACAAUUUUGAAAAUAUUUACAUUCACAAAUAAUUUCUCAUAAUUCUGUAGUACUAUAUCAUAAUUUUGUAGGUCUAUACUAAACAAUUUUCUCUAUCAUAGAAACCAUAUUUGAUAGUUGCCUAAGAUGACCCUCCGUCAAUAACAAGUCCUAAUGUUUAAAAAAAAUUGUAGUGUUUUAUAAUUAUCAAGGCAUAUUUAUCAAGAUAUGAACCCUAAAUUGAGAAUGUUCCGUUUUGUACAUAUCAGACGGUACAAAUGGCGCAUAGACUUGUCCCGUACGGAAGGCCACUGGGGCGGAUGGUUCCGUGGUUUGUCCGCCAGUUUCCUGUCUGCUCCCGCGCCGCGUCUACUGCUGCUUGCCUCCGUCGACGGACUCGACAGGGAACUGACCGUUGGACAGAUGCAGGGUAAAUUCCAAAUGCAAGUGUUGACACGAUGUGGUCAUGCAGUUCACGAGGAUACUCCGGAGGAGGUCGCACGAGUAAUAGCCGCAUUCGCCCUGCGACAUCGUCUCACAGUACCCACUGAGUCAGGACUUAAUAUGAACUUAAUAGCGGCCCCUGGAUGUUAAAUCUAGUUUAGUUAUUUUAACAGAGAGAGUAUUUUACAAAUUAACGCAAUAGAUAUAUUUAUUAUCCUAUGUUCGCAACGACGAUUGUCAAUGUUACAAAUGAAGAAAUAAAAAAAUGAGGUUUUACUAUAUAUUUUAAAUUAUUAAUAUAUAUUAAAGUAUAUGGUCUGUAUUCAUUUAAAUUGAAUAGCGGAAGAAUCAUAUAUAGUUAUGUUUUGUGACAAAAUUUUUGUUUUUUCGUUCCAAUGUUAAAGCCGCCCACCAGCAAAACGAGAUUAUGUUUUCAAGUUUACAGUAUUUGGUAUUUGACUAGACAUGGAAGGAUUUGCUUUGAAAUUUUUUACUCUGAAGGCAAAGGAAAUAUUGAUUAUACAGCCAUAACGCAUAAAAUGGAUUAGCGCUGAUCUAUGAAUUUUGCUGCGCCGAAACCAUCUAAGGGGUAACACAUUUUCUAUCUUUUGUCGUUUGUAUAUAAGUAUUUAAAUUAAACAAACAACUUCCUUUAUUUAAGAAUUAAACAUGAACAAACAACUUGUUCUUAUAUAAGUAUUUUUGGUUUACUCUUCUUAAAUAAACUAUUUAAUUUUAAUUUAUUAUUUAGUUAAGGCUGUUGCAAACAGGAGACUUAUUUUAUAAUUUUAAAAUCGUUCGCAAUCGCUUUUGACAUGUCAAUCCCAAUUUGACAGUUGAAAAAUAUUCACGAACGCCACGCUGCAACUAUUUGACAAGCGAUUGCGAUCGUGACGUUUUUUGAAAGAUAUUGAAUGAACGAUAUCCUUAAUUUAAUGUUCAUUGGAAUUGUUAAAGAGAAGGGUUAGACGCAAAUAUCUUUACAAGCUAUCAAGAAAUGUCAUACGAAAUUCUAUCUGCAAUAUUUCGCGUUUACUAAGUUUUUAU